UCGAGAGCAGCAGAGAUGGAACCAAAGCUACAGCUGUGUGUUUUUAUGCUUCUUAUACAAAUUUCACUUGCAGUAGGGCAGCACAUUACCGUUAUAAAGGGUCAGACGCUCACCUUAAGCUGCCCCAUGAAUAAUGCUCAUAUGAACCAUGCUGACUGGAAGAAUUCUGAUGGAUUCCUUAUGUUUUUUAAUGGCAAAUCAGUUUUAAGGGACAAGAGGUACAGCAUCAUCAAACUUUCUCAGUCUGAAUUCACCAUCAGUGUUUCUAAUAUCACCUUCAAAGAUGGUGGCAUCUACACAUGCUCACAUUACAACCACGCCAUGACAGAAACGACAGUGAAGGUGACAGUGUUAGGUCCUCCCAGAAUGACAGUUACAAAACAUAAUGGGGAAACUGUAAUAAAAUGCACAUCUGAAGGAAACUACCCUCAAAAAAUCUCCUGGCAACUCGAUAAUGGGCCUGAAUUUUAUGCCAGCAGUCAACAAUACUACCAAGAAGAUAAAAAGUAUGUCUCUGUGGAUCAGUUAUAUUUUCACUCAGCUGGAAAAAGAGUCACUGUAAAAUGCCUCGUUCAUCAUCCAGGUCUACAACCUAAUUUACAACGUCUGAUGGAUUUUGUCAAAAUUGGACAAAACAAAGCAAAGACGUGGCAUACAUCAACCAUAGGAAGUUCACCUACCACUCAUUCUCUAGGGUCAACACAUGAUAGAACAACUGUGUACUCAAAGAAAGAUGGGCCGUCAACAGACAGUUCUGCAAUGUUAUCAACAGCUGUUCCAUCUAUGAACUCACAUGUCAGUACCAGUGAUGUGGAUGGGCCAUCAACAGACAGCUCUGCAAAGUUAUCAACUGCUGCCCCUGCUGAGACUAAGAUGUUUACAUCAACUGUGAACUAUGUUCCAUCUAUAAACUCACAUGUCAGUACCAGUGAACCCUUUGUAUUAUCAGGUCAAACCACAAAAAUGAAUGACACCAUAAAUAAUGAAACAAGCACAGACGGUUGGACAUUUGUCUAUGAGAUGACACGGGAGAACACACCUGAAAACAGUACAGGAGAAAACCUAACAGACCUGAAUAACAAGGAUAUAAAGGAUAAAAGGAUAGAAACAAGAGGUAACUCUUCAUUACUGGUCUUCCUUGUGACUUGCCUGAUCGUUUGUCUUUUGGUGGUCGUCAUUUUUUUUGCUGUUAAGCUGAGGAGAGCACACGUCAUCUGGAAGAGAGAGAAUGAAGAGUCUGAUCCAUCUGAAGAGAGCAGUAAAUCUAAAUCAAGUCAAGAAGACAAGAAUGCGCAAACUCAAAGGCGGAAAGGACUUUUCAACACAGCCUUCACACAGUAUGUCAUCGAAGAACCAACAACUGUGACCUCAGUGGUCAACACAGGUGUGAUGGCAGCAACGACGGUCAUAAAUAACGGACACACUUCUCAAGCUCAAACCCUGUCACAGGCUGCAGACAAAGCUGAGAUAAAGGAGACAGAAACCGAAAACAUGUCUAAGGGACCAGCAGUUGGUAUUGAUCUUGGGACCACCUACUCUUGUGUUGGAGUGUUCCAGCAUGGCAAAGUUGAAAUUAUUGCCAAUGACCAGGGUAACAGGACCACACCAAGUUAUGUUGCCUUCACAGAUAGUGAAAGGCUCAUAGGAGAUGCAGCCAAGAAUCAGGUUGCCAUGAAUCCCACAAACACAGUCUUUGAUGCUAAAAGACUCAUCGGUCGCAGGUUUGACGACACAGUUGUUCAGUCAGACAUGAAGCACUGGCCAUUUACGGUUGUUAAUGACAAUAGUCGUCCCAAGGUUCAAGUUGAUUACAAGGGUGAGACAAAGUCCUUCUACCCAGAAGAAAUCUCUUCUAUGGUUCUGACAAAGAUGAAGGAGAUUGCUGAAGCCUACCUUGGAAAAACUGUCAACAAUGCUGUGAUUACAGUGCCUGCUUACUUUAAUGACUCCCAGCGCCAGGCCACAAAAGAUGCUGGCACAAUCUCUGGCCUCAAUGUGCUCCGUAUCAUCAAUGAGCCAACAGCUGCUGCCAUUGCUUAUGGUUUGGAUAAGAAGGUUGGCUCAGAGAGGAAUGUUCUCAUCUUUGAUCUUGGAGGUGGCACAUUUGAUGUGUCCAUCCUGACCAUUGAAGAUGGUAUCUUCGAAGUAAAGUCCACUGCUGGAGACACUCAUCUUGGCGGGGAAGAUUUUGACAACCGCAUGGUUAACCACUUCAUUGCAGAGUUUAAGCGCAAGUACAAGAAAGACAUCAGUGACAACAAGAGAGCUGUACGUCGUCUGCGCACUGCUUGUGAGAGGGCCAAGCGCACCCUGUCUUCCAGCACCCAAGCCAGUAUUGAAAUCGACUCUCUGUAUGAGGGAGUUGACUUCUACACCUCCAUCACCAGAGCUCGUUUUGAGGAGCUCAAUGCUGACCUCUUCCGUGGAACCUUGGAUCCUGUGGAGAAGUCUCUUCGUGAUGCCAAAAUGGAUAAAGGACAGAUUCAUGAUAUUGUGUUGGUUGGUGGAUCCACCCGUAUCCCCAAGAUCCAGAAACUGCUCCAGGACUUCUUCAAUGGUAAAGAACUCAACAAAAGCAUCAACCCAGAUGAAGCUGUGGCCUAUGGUGCUGCUGUUCAGGCUGCCAUCUUGUCUGGAGACAAGUCUGAAAAUGUGCAGGACUUGUUACUUUUGGAUGUCACCCCUUUGUCCUUGGGUAUUGAGACCGCUGGAGGUGUCAUGACUGUCCUCAUUAAGAGGAACACCACCAUUCCUACCAAGCAGACCCAGACCUUUACCACCUACUCAGACAACCAGCCUGGUGUGCUCAUACAGGUUUAUGAGGGUGAGCGUGCAAUGACCAAAGACAACAACCUGCUGGGCAAGUUUGAGCUGACGGGCAUCCCCCCUGCUCCUCGUGGCGUUCCCCAGAUUGAGGUGACAUUCGACAUUGAUGCCAAUGGUAUAAUGAAUGUGUCUGCAGUGGACAAGAGCACUGGCAAGGAGAACAAGAUUACAAUUACAAAUGACAAGGGGCGUUUGAGCAAAGAGGACAUUGAGCGUAUGGUGCAGGAGGCUGAGAAGUACAAGGCUGAAGAUGAUGUCCAACGUGACAAGGUUUCUGCAAAAAAUGGUCUGGAGUCUUAUGCUUUCAACAUGAAGUCAACUGUGGAGGAUGAAAAGCUUUGUGGCAAGAUUAGUGAUGAAGACAAGCAGAAGAUCUUGGACAAGUGCAAUGAGGUUAUCAGCUGGCUUGACAAAAACCAGACUGCCGAGAAAGACGAGUAUGAACAUCAACAGAAAGAGCUGGAGAAGGUUUGCAACCCUAUUAUUACAAAGCUGUACCAGAGUGCUGGUGGCAUGCCUGGAGGAAUGCCAGAAGGAAUGGCUGGUGGCUUCCCUGGUGCUGGUGGUGCUGCUCCAGGUGGAUCUUCUGGACCCACCAUUGAGGAAGUUGAUUAAGUGGUACAUCACUUCAGCUGCUACCUUCUGAGAUGUUUUAAGAAAGUAACCCUCUAUAGUGCAUGCUAUGGAGUGUAAAACAAUUAAAUAAAUUGGGUUUAAGCA